CGUCACCUUUGCGUGCCCCGGAAACAGUGAGUGACGAAUGGUCGAUUUGUUCCCCAGAACGGCAAGCCACAUUUUCACUAAUUUCAUCAAAAAAUACGAUAAAUAAACCAUAUAGCAGUGCUUUGGAUGCUCUUAUAAGCUGCUUUCUGUCUCUGAGGUCCAGCAGUAAAGGGGGUUGCCAUGGCGUCUCCAGGGGGACAAGGAGGAGGAGCUCUGUCGACGAGAGGAGGCGGAGCCAGGAGGAUGAAGUGGGCUCUGGAGCUGAGCAUGGGCAACAGCAGGACUCGUGGUGACCGUCAGGGCGGCCAGGGAGACGUCGUUUACCCCAUCGGCUUCUCAGAGAAACCCGUCCCCGACACCAGCAUCCAGGAGACGGACAAGAACCUGGUGGAGAAGGUAAAGCCCGGAGGGAAUUAG